GUUUCAUUCGAUUGUGUCUAUCUCAACCGUAUCGCUACGGUGGAAAAAAGAUAACAUGGCGAAAGGGCGGAAAGAUAAAGUGCAAAAAAGUCAAGAAUUUACGAUAAUUCAAAAUGUUAUUAAUUAUAAGCAAUAUGACAUGUUUUACUAAAUCAAACGUAUCUAUCUGUGAUACAUGACACAUUAAGUAAUAUGUCUUUGAAGAAGUAAUUUCCAUUCUGUCACCGGCCAGUUAUAACACAAGAGAGAAUGAGUCUCAACUUUGAAGUGGAGGACAUUAAGUUUUGGAAAAGACUCUCUAUAGAUAUAAAGAACCAAUAAUGUAACUUGCUGCUGUCAAGUCAUCUCAUACUCAAUUGUGAGGGAAACUCUGCUGUUAAAAAUGCAAACCAUCAGAUGUCUCUUCAUAUGAAUUCUUUGUAAAUAUACUCAUAUCAAACAGAUUAGAUGUUAUAUAAGUAAUACCAUACUAUCAGACUGCAUUUCCAAACUUUGUAUGAGUUUAUAUUAAAUCCAGAUUUUUGUGCCUUAAAAUAAUCAGUAUGAAGAAGAUACGUCGACGUUUCUCACAGACAUUUCGCUUCAGUAUUGAGGAAUCCCUGUCUGAAUUGGCAGAACAUUUGACCAUUGAUGAUGGUGGUUCUGUUAAAGAAAAUGGUGUUCAUGUUAUCCCAGGAUUCUCUGAUCUAAAUCGGAAGCUCUCAUUGUCACACUCACGCAUCAUGUGUCCAAGUCUGAGAGACGGUGUGGUGCACGAAAACCCACGGAUUGGCUCUGAUGGCGAAUCAGAGGAGGCAUCCGGAGCAUCCGAUGAGGUAACCUCACCUAUCAAACUCCGGCCAAAGAACAGGAGACUGAGUGAGCAAGACAUCAAUAAACGUUUGUCACUGCCAGCUGAUCUUCAUUUACCAGAGUCAUUUGUAGCAAAGCAAAAUGCAAGUCCUACCAUUGAGGGGCCGUUGAGUCGAGCCUCACGUCGACAGUCGCUGUCAGAAAUAGGUUUUGGUCGUACGGAAACUUAUACCAAGUUGUACAAACUUGGGCAGGGUACAUACGCAACUGUGUUCAAAGGGAAAUCACGUCUUACAGAUAAUAUAGUAGCUUUAAAAGAAAUUCGGUUGGAGCAUGAGGAGGGAGUUCCGUGUACAGGCAUCCGAGAAGUAUCUUUGUUGAAGGAACUCAGGCAUGCUAAUAUUGUGACAUUGCAUGACAUUGUGCAUACUGAGAAGUCCCUCACCCUUGUUUUUGAAUACCUGGAAAAAGAUUUAAAGCAAUACAUGGAUGAUUGUGGUGCCAUCCUUAGUAUGAAUAAUGUUAAGUUGUUCCUGUUCCAACUUCUGCGUGGCCUCGCCUAUUGUCAUCGGCGCAGAAUAUUGCAUAGAGAUUUAAAGCCUCAGAACUUACUGAUAAAUGAUAAAGGUGAAUUAAAGCUUGCAGAUUUUGGACUGGCUAGGGCAAAGUCAGUUCCCACCAAAACAUAUUCAAAUGAAGUUGUAACACUUUGGUACCGGCCGCCCGAUGUCCUUCUUGGAUCUACAGAAUAUUCAACACAAAUUGACAUGUGGGGUGUUGGUUGUAUAUUUUAUGAAAUGGCCUGUGGACGUCCAUUGUUCCCUGGUUCAACAGUUGAGGAGGAACUGCGACUGAUCUUCCGAGCACUAGGCUCACCACCUGAGGAUGCCUGGGGUGGAUUAGCAGCAGCAUAUGCAUCCCAGAAGUGCUCACCUGAGCCCCUCUUGGCAAGGGCACCCCGCUUGGAUGCUGAUGCCAUUGACUUGCUGUCAAAGUUCCUUUGUUAUGAAGCCAAAAAGCGUGUAUCUGCAGCAGAUGCUAUGAAACACCCUUAUUUCAGAUCCCUUGGGCCUGGUGUUCAUAAACUUCCUGAUGUAAUGUCCAUCUUCACAAUUCCUGGAAUUCAACUGAACAAAGAUCCUGGUUGCCGAUCGUCCAACUUUCCAAAGUCUGGAGUCACUGGGCAUUCACGACGCCAGAGCAUGCUCUUAUGAAAUACAGAGUGGCCGAGCAUUCAGCGUAUCUCUUUAGAGGUAGCCAUGGCUCGGUGAGACACCAUGGAUAUCCAGUCCAUCCAACCGCAGCUCUGAUUCCGCCCGCCAGCCAUUCUUUUCAUGGCAUGCUGUGAGGUAUGGGGUGCUUUAUACAAAAAGUCGGUUCUGUUUAAGUCAUUUAAUAAUAUCGUUGAACCGUGUGGUGAAGAAGAGGGAAACUAGCUGGAGUAUGCUGUUACUGGCAUCCUAGAUUAGGAACUGUUACAAAAAGUGUUUUUGACAUUGUGCCACUAAAGUCCUAGUUUUAAACAGAACUGUAAUAUAUCAUAUUAUGUUACUGUGUAUUACUUGCAUUGGACUUUGAUCUCUUUAUUGACUAAUUGUUCACGUCUAGUCAAUAGACGAACUGGUAGUUUUAUGAAUUAAGCAGAUGGUGGAUGGUAGGCAGGUAAUGGAACAAAACAACCUGCUAACAUUGAAGAUUAAGUGGAAACAAACCUUAAUUAAUAAUGAUCUAGGGCUGUGCAAAUAUUUUUUUGUUUUGUUUAAAAACUGAACAUAACUGUGAUGCAUCAAGUUGAUUCUGACGUUUUGAACUGAACUGGCAGUUGGAGUCAAAUUGGAACUGAACAAUUUUCAACCAUAGCGUUUUAUCCCUCCUUGCAUAAACACGAAAUGUGUUCAAUUGUUUGUGAUGUAGAGGUGUAUCCUAUAAAUUAUUCAUGUUUUUGAAUUAUACCUGUCCAUUCUUUAGUAGAUUAAAGAGAAACUUAGGAUUCUGUUUCCUCUAUUAAAACCUUUAUUUAAUGUAGAAAGAAAAUUUUCCAUCAAUUUCAAAGAGCGCUAGCAUGCAUGCAGAUAGAAAUUGUGCUGUGUCAUGCAUUGUAACAUGAGUGUUAAAUCAUUACAGUUUUCUGUACACUGUAAGAUGAUGGCUGAAAAAACGAUAGACGUCAGUAAAUUUUUAUAAUUAUAUGGGCAAGUACAGCGCAAAUAUAUUUUGCUUUAAAGGACUAAAGGUUAAAAAAUGUAUAUUGAUUGUUAAUGGACCAUAUGAUCUUAUCGUUGUCAACAAGUUAAUAUUUAAUGUUAUUAGAAUGAAUAAUGUUAAUUUGGCAAUUUGUAUGAGGGUCACUCCAAAAGUAAUGCACCAUAUUUUUUAAAAAUUCAAUUUUUAUUUUACAACUUUGCUAUUCACACAGUGGAUAGGUACAGCCUUUAAGAACAAAAUGCUACUUUUCAACGCAGUCUCUAUCUCUCUCAACUGCCUUACACUACCUCUGAGCAAGAGCAUGUAUUCUUGGACAGUAAAACUUGGGGUCAGCCCUUUUGAGCCACUUUUUCACAGCUACCACAAGGGAGUCAUUGUCCUCAGACUUAGUCCCAUGAAUGCUGUCUUUCAGUUUAUCAAACAGGUGAUAAACUGGCGGUGCCAGAUCAGGCCUGUGUGGUGGGUGUGGCAACACUGUCCGCCUCAAUUUUGUGCAUCUGUCAGUUGCCACGGGACCCACCUCGCACAGACCUUCGAAAAUCCCAACUGUUCCAAUAUUCUACAGACACUGACUUUGCAAUGUCCAGUCGGAGUGAUAAUUGUUUCACAGAUAUGUGUCUGUCCGCCAUGAUCACGUUGUUCACCAUCUCAACAUUGGCAUCCGUCCACACUGACUGUGGCCUGCCAUUGCGCAGCAAAUCGCAAAUGUUUGCAUGUCCACCUUUGCCUGAUGUUCUUUGUGCCCAGUGGCUAACUGUGCUGCGAUCGACGGUAUCCUCCCCAUACACCUUCUGCAGUUGCUGGUGGAUGUUUCCCACUUCUCGUUCUCACACACCAGGAACUUGAUAACAGCACGUUUUUUCUGACGAAUGUCAAGGACAGCAGCUGUGUUUAAUGAAUGAUACACAUGUGUCGCUUGCGGGAGAAGGAUGAAGUAAGUUUUAAUAGAAGCGGGAUGAAUGUUUCUGUGUUCUAUGUGAAUAGCAACACAGUAGAAUAAAGGGAUUUUUAAAAAAAAAUAUGGUGCAUUUCUUUUGGAGUGACCCUCAUAUGAAAAUUAGAAACUCACAUUCAAUUUACUUCACAUUUUGAUUCAGGCUAUUCUCACAGAUGAUAAUUUUAAUUUAUACACACCUUCCAGAUUUUGUAUGGGGUAUGAGACGUUCAGAAGGGUAGAAUAAUUAUGGUACACUUGAGUGAACCCUUCAGAGAACAAAAUGGUUGGACUGUGUUAUAUGGGUACAGGGAAACCUCGAUUUGCGCUGAUUCAGAAAUUAUUGUUGCUAUGGGUAGAUGACAUGAAUAAAAAAAAACACUCCCUUGACUGAAAUUGCUAUCACGGAUAAGGCGAAGUCAAUUUUUGAGGAACUUAAGUCAUCAGUGUUUGGGUGCUGGGAACACAUGUCAUUGAUUUACAUUAUAAAAAGAGUUUCAAUUUACGCCGGUUCAUCCAGGAAUGCAUCCCCGGCGUAAAUCAAGGUUUACCUGUAUUCUUUUUAGAGGUUUUGGUUGUUUUUACUUUACCAGUACUGUAAAUUUUAAUUGUUCUGUGGAGAUGUUUGUAGGUUGGCUUAUGAGAUAGAUGACAUAGUGGUUUUACUGUAUUUAUUAUUUCAUAACUUUCUUACAUUUUCUACUUCUUAAAGCAGUAACAUAAGUUCAGGUAAACUGCACUGUAGUGAAAGUAUUAACAUACCCUAAUGGUGGAGGUAGGGAAGGUCUGCAGAAUGUUGGACUUGUGUUUUGUGCUCUAGAAAUUAUAAGGUGGCAAAAUAAAUCUAAUGUUCUCUUACAUAUCUGUUUUGGAGGUGUUUUCUGGUCCUGAACUAAUACUCAGGUACAUACCUGUUUGUUUAGAUGUUUUCUGGUUCUGAAGCCUCCCAGCACCAAUGACACCACAUCAAAGCUUGGAUUUGGGUUGAUAUGCUUCAAUACACCAAAGUCCCACAUCAUACCCUUUUUUAUCCUUUGUUCAGAAGUUACUUUGAUUGAUUAUGCAUGUUUGGUUGUACAUGUACAUCACAUUUAUGUCUUCAGACCAUUUACAUGAAGUAAUCUCUUGCUCUAGGCCAAAUAUUGCCUCAUUAUAGUUUUUUGGUGGUAGCUGGUCAUGUGGCAUUCUAUUUGUAUUAGGCUUUACUGUUCCACAAUAACUUAUUUAAUUUUCAUCAAACAAGUCAGAAGAAGGGGAAAAUAAAGUUGUCCAUCUUUCACAAUUUCUGUGAAGUGUUUUACAGUUGUGUGUGUUGCUAUCAUAUUUGUGGUCUUACUUGUUAUGCCCUUCUCUUAAUUAAGACUUCCAUGCCAUAUAUAACUGACCUGUCACUUAAUUUGUAGUUUUAUUCCUAAACAUGUGUUUGUUGGGGAUAUACUGUUUUAUAUUUACCUUCCCUUUGUAUUAUAACUUCAUUCACAGGCACAUGUUCCAAAAGGAUGUACUAUUUUGAGUAGUAGUUCAGCAAGUCAAAAGUAUGUCACAGUGAACUGAAGGACACCGGUUUGUGCAGACUGCGUUGGUCAUGUAAUGUUACUUCCUGUCACCAUAAAAAAGUACUUUAAAAGCAUAGCAUACAGCAGUUUGCAGCCCUUGCAAAUGCAGCUGCUUGCAGAAUAAUAUGUGCAACUUUGGCAAGUUGUAAAAAUUGUUUCUCUACUUAAAAUAUAAUCACAAACAUUCAUUCAGCAUUUUGCUAGAAAUUACAUACUGAUUCGCAUCCAGCUGAGAAGACAUAAAUGAAUUCUAAGGUAUAGUACAGUAGUGUUCAAAACUUCAGACUGUAAACACUAUUGAUACAAUUGUUUUGCUUAUUUUGUGAAAUGAAACCAUACUGUUGUAAUGGAUUAUAAAGUAACUUGCAUAUUUAAAGAUUAGUGUCAAAUCUUUGUAUGCACAUACAGUUUUAUUCUUUUUUUAUAAUUUAGAUCUUAUUUUAAGUUGCUUUGUUAAACAUAAUAAUGUUAUUCUACACAUUCUCACUGUUACAUAGCAGUUUAAUCCAGCUGAGUCGGUACAUAUCAGCAUUAUGCCAGAAAUUUGAAUGGCAUCACUUAUCAAAGGAUAAAAUUUUGUGUGAGACAUUAUUCAGUUUGUGUAAUGGAGAAUGAGAUUAAAAAACUAUUUUUGAUUUCUGAAAGUGGUGUUUAUAUGUUACUGAUAACCAGGAGUAUAAUUUUUGGCUAGGAGUUUUUUUAAGAACUCCCAGUAUUAAGAUUUUGCUAAAUCUUUAAAAAGAAUAUUAACAUUUCUCUGAGUCCAAAUCUGGAACUUCUUGUAAAAUAAAUCAAAAUUGUUAAGUACUGUAUUAUUCCCUCAUCUGCCUAGUGGUGUAGAAGUAUAGUAGGGAGCUGACCAUUUGUUCUGUACUGUGGCUUACAUGGACAAAAAUUUAUAAUUUUGGUAACAUAUUUCCUGAAGUCCAUUAAUGGAAUUCUUUAGGAGUUUUUCUCACUCUAAUGUGAGUGAAGAACACCUUAUGGGCCCAUCCAUGUCUGUCAUGGAUUUUGGUCUGAGAAGUAGGUAACCUCCCAGGGCUUCCCCGAGAGGGGAUGCAAAAGGAGAGGUUUGCACUGUUAGGAUAGCUCCUUUCCCCUGAGGGCUUCCUUCCUAGAUUUUGGUCUUAGUGGGGUUUAUUUCUCCCAGUCAUUUGUCCCCUUCUUCUUGAUCCCUACAGCUUUGCAUCAUCCUCCUCCCCCAAAGCCUUGCCUUGGUAAGACCAGGACUACCCCCAAGGGGCUUUGUCACCUCUGGGGACAGCCCUAGAUAACAUCCCCUACACCUGUUUCUAGUCAUGUUUUAACCCACCAAGCCUUUCCCAGCAUGUUUGCAUCCUGGGGCCUAGAUGCCUGUAUAUUUCUGUAUCAGGGGUUCUGUCCCUGUGCUUUCUCUCCUGUGCCUGGCCCACCCAGGUGUUUAAAGUCCAUUACUUUGUUCUCACUGUGCUUAGACACUGCAGGGGCGGCUUCCACAGUGAUGGGUUAGACCACCAGUGGGACUGCCCACUCUGGGCUUUGUCACUUCUGAGGCUUUUAUCCCCUUGGAAAACCUCAAGUCUCUCUCCACACCAAGGUUUAUAACCCCCGUAGCUUUAUGAACCUAGCCCCUCCCCAGUAUUCUUGCUCCCAGAGGUUGAGCCCCCUUGUGCUUGUUGCUCCAGGAGCUUUGCCCCCUCCCAAACUUUAUUGCUCAUACAUUCUAACUGUCUGCAAACUUUCAAAGUCUGUAGUUUUGCCCUUGCUGGGCUUCGACACCUCUGGUCUUCCACUGUUACAGGUUACACCACCCAGAGUCAUGGUCGAUUAAAGGGUCUUGGCCACCACUGGGGACUGCACAACAUGGGGAAACCCCCAGCACAUGCUGCUCCAGGGGCUUUACUCUUCUGAUCUCCCAUUGUCUUGACCACUAGGCCUGGGCACCCCAGUGCUUCCACUAGCCUGGUUGCAGCAGUGUGAACUAGGUCAUUCUUGGAACGCAAUGCUCCAAGUGUGAAUUGAGGUCAUUGGAUUGCAUUGUUGUGAUAUCUGAUCACAUUAUUGCAACAAUUAUUUUGGAUUCCAUCGUUGCAGUUAUUCCCUUGGUUUCUGUGCUGACAUCAUCAUCCCUGGUGUGGCAUGAAGAAUGCCUUUGAAAUUUUGGUUUACCCCAAAGCGUACACCUUUCCAGUCUUAUAUUAUGUAUGGUUUAACUGUGACAACAGAUACAGUUCUUCAGACAAUUAAUCUGACCAAAAGCACAGUUAAAUUAACUCUGUUCACACGUGUUCCUACAUUAUUCCAAAUGGUUGUAUAAAUUUUAUCUUGGUCUUUGUUUGACAUACUUAAGGGGUUAGUUGGAAUCUGGUGAGUGUUCAAGAGAAAUGAAUCUCAAUCAUGAAACAUUUUCAAAUCUUCUUGCUUCCUUUUGUAACUUCUAGGUAUAGAAUGUCUCCACUUGUAGAAUACAGUCACGUUUCCAGGAACUAAAAUUAAGAAAUGUUGUAACUUUUAGAUGCUGGGAGUUCAUAAAUAUUUUAAACUAGAAGUGUUUUUUGGAGCACAGUAGAUAGCAUUUGUUUCAUCUUUUCCAUCAGUUAUAAAUCAUUCAGAAUUCUAAGAUCUUUCACUAAGUUACUGCAGAAUGUGGCUCUAAUCUUAAUUAACACUUGUGUUUCAGAAGUGCACAAUUUGCCAUAAACCAGUAUGUCCACUUAAAUCUCUUAUUUUUAGUGAUGCAUAUAAAUAUUGUUUUGGAAGAAAGAACUCACCUCCAUUCUUUCAUUUAAUGUUUAAUUUUCUAUAUUUAUAUUAAAAAUAGCAAUUCAAGGUUUCAUCCUUUAAGAUACAAUUAUUGUAAAAGAUGGAUGCUAGAUACUGCAACUUAAUUUUUUUUCUUCUUCUUCUGUAAACGUUUGCCCCAAAAGCCAUAUAGGCCUACCUUCUUCAUGAAAAUAAGAUAGUGGACAGGCACUGUGCUAUGCACUCUCAUUUUGCAUACUGCAGUAGCAAGGGUAUGUACAGUGUACAGAAUAACACUUAAAACAGUUCUCUACACUUGUGAAUAUAAUUUUGUUUUGAAAGUUUUGCUUCAGAACAUUGUGAGGAAGGCAAGUAUGUUAAUGCUAAGGUACAAUAGUAUCUGAAUACCUGAAAACAUUUUCAGUAAUUUCACAAAUUACAGCAUUAUUUUAAAUUAUCAGUAAUUUCUGUUCUAAAAUUAGUCUGCCUUGAGUACAUAUUUGUAUAGAAUAUACUUACUCAGUAGAACAUACCACAUUUUUACAUAUAGCAAAUCCUUCUUUCUGUCUCCUGCUGGUACUUCAGAACUUUAAAUUACAUGAAUAAAAAUUUGGUCCAUCUUCAAAUGAGAAGGAAACACCAAGUUACGUUUACAGUAGAGUCUUUACAAGCACUGUUUACUUUUAAAAUGCCUGUCUGUAUUAAUUGUACUGGAAUGUUUAGUAUAUGUUGUUUAUGUCCUACGUUUGUUGCAGUUUGAUUACUGUAUGUAAUAGUGCACUAUUUUAACCAUUUGGGCAGUAGAUACAUGAAUAUUGUUAAAACUG